CCUUGAAGGUUUGAAUCAACCUUGAUUCGAGAUCAAUUGAAAUCCAAUUUGUUGGGUAUUUUGAGCGGAUUGAAAUGCUCUUUAGAGGUAUGAAGUUUUGCUUCCAUUCCAGUCAAAGAUUCCUUUGAAACGAGCGAAUUCUAGGACUCCGUGCAUAGUUUACAGUGUAGCAUCGCAGUCCAGUUUUAACCAGUGCAGCAGCAACUCCUGCGAUCCCCGCCUCCCCUUCCUACCUCAUGUGUUUCAAUUUAGUGCAGCAGCAACUCCGACAGAGAUAACCCUGUCCAAUAGCAACCAUACUUCACCCCCGCCAAGACCACUCGGACAAUUGCAGCGUCCGCAGGCAGCAGCAGGAAGAUUUGGUUAUGGUUUAUACUGAAUUUGAAAGUUUGCAAGGUUUGGUUUGUACAUAAUACUUUCUUCUAACAAGUUUAAUGUUAGUAGAUGUCAUUGUGUUACUGCUAUCUUUUUUUCUGUGUUUGGUGAAUAAAUGAGUAGAGUGGUGUUAGAUUUGAUAACUUGGAACAGGUAAGGGAGCAACACUAAAAUGCAUACAGAAUAUAACAUGCCUGAGAGCAUUUAAUUAAAAUCAUUGGUUAUGCUUGUUGAUCAUCUACAAUAAAUAAAAUAAGAUAAUAUAAGAAUGAGGCUAUCUUUCAUAAAAAAAUCUACCAAGACAGAUUCUAAAAUACUCCAUAUAACCAGGCAGAACAUGAUACCUGUGAGCAGAAUACUCCAUGUUACCAGGAAGAAUAGAUUCACUUUUGAAGUAGCAUCAUUAAUUUGACUGGGAAGCUCUUUUUCAAAAUUACCUUUAGAUUUAUAUAACAUGUGAGCAGAACAUGAUACAUGUGUUAACAGAUGCACAUUAAUUCCACUCUAAUUCUCUAGUAUCAAUCUGAUAAGUAAGGUUGCCAACAAGGAGGUGAUUGAAUGUCUAAUACACCAAGUGAUUUACUUUCAUUAUUUGUGGGAGGUUACAGCCACAUACCCCAAGAUUGUGAUGUUAUUUACUCUAGGGAUACCCAUGAUAUGAUUAUGCCUAAUCUACAGGUAGCUGUAACACCUGAUAUUUGUGAAUCGCCCCAAUGUGCAUUUAGUGGAGACAACGUGGUCUCUUCCGUCUUUAAAUGUGAAAAUAUUGAACAUAAUAUUUUGUUUGAGUAUAGUGUAAACAAUUUAAAUAGAAGUAUUGAGGACUAUCCAUUGGAUGCAUUGAGGACUAUCCAAAUAGAUGUAGGCACACUUCAAUCAGAUGGUGUUUUGUAUUCUAUCUUAAUAAAGGGUUUGGCUUAAUUCAUCAGUCUUUUACCUUCACUAUAUUUUGAAAAAUUUCCAUGAUGAUUAUUUGCCAUAAUGUUUUCAAGCAUUAGAGAGGAAUGCAAAAUCACACAAGGACCAAUCACUCCAAAAGGUUCAAUUGCAACCAACUACUAGGUCGAUCCACAAGAGCGAGGCUUUCAUGAAGUAGCUAGAUAAAGGUUAUUGGUAUCAAUCGAUUACUACCUUCAAGAUGACAUGUAUGAGAUAAUGAUUGAAUUUGCACGACAUUUCAUGAAGUAUCAUGCUACUUGAACAAUUCAAGUAUGACAUGGGAACAAAUGACUAAUUUAUUUGGCUAAAUGAGCAAUUACAAUGUAUUUUUAUUUAUGUAAAUACGGAGUAUUAAAUUAUUAGAUGAUAUUAAUAUUUUGAAUGGAAGAGGUGCCGAUGAAGAAAGUCGAGGACAAAUUGAUCCCCAAGACCGAAGAUGAAUUUGAUGCGGAGGACAUCAAAAAGGUCGAGAAUUAUGCAAAGGCAAUAAACAUGCUUUAUUAUGCCGUAAAUCCUGAUGACUACCGCAAAAUCUCUUGCUGCUCAACCGCCAAGGAGAUGUGGGAUAAACUUGAGGUGACGUACGAAGGAACGGACCAAGUACGUGAAGCCAAGAUCGACUUCCUCACCAAAGAGUAUGAGAUGUUUAGAAUGAAGGAGCACGAAAACAUCGACGACUUGUUCGACCGAUUCUCCAAGAUAGUGAACAAUCUUCAUGCAUUGAAGAAGACCUACACCGACAGGGAUCUUGUGCGAAAGAUCCUACGCGGCUUGACAUCCGAAUGGCGAUCUAAGGCCGAUGCCAUCUAUGAGUCAAUCGGCACAUCAAAUGUCACCAUCGACGGUUUAAGAGCCGGGCACAUCAAGAACAAAUGCCCGAGAAACGGAAGGAACACUCGCCACUUCAAAAAGCAAAGAGCAUACAUCUCUUGGGGUGGCGACUCCGGCGACGAGUCAACUGACCAAGACGAGGAUGAAACUGCCUACCUCUGUCUCAUGGCACACGAAGACCAAACCGACAAUAAACAAGAGAUCCUCAACAACGAGGUGGUCGUCAUUCGUGAGCUUGGGAUCACCAACUUGAUCCGCCACAGCGGCGCACCGACGAUUCUUUCGGCCCCACUGGACAAGCGCCUCCUCCUCUACAUCAUCACCCGGAUUCUCCGCCCCCGGGACAUCAGCCAUACCUCGCUCUUCAAUGAGGACUUGAAGGCGAUUCACGCCAUCAUCCACGGCGCCUCCAUCAAUUGGGCGAAAUUCGUGAUGAUCCACAUGGCGGAUUGCGCCUCCAUCGCCACUGAGCGGAGCUUGCCAUACGCCUUCCUCGUCAUGGACCUCAUCAUCUCCGCCGACAUCUCCAUCGCCGGCCCGGAUACGAAGAUGACGAAGAUUUGGAUCAUUCAAGACAGCACCUUCCGGAAGAAGUCCGGAGACCGAGACGACGCCGGACCGAGUCGUGCUCGUGCCCCCGCCCGUGCACCUGCCCCCGCUCCCGCCCGGGCCUCAUUGCAGUCCAUAGCCGAUACCCUGAAUCGGCUAACCCUCACAGUGGAUGGCAUGGGGCAGUCAAUCGAGCGAAUGGACUGGACGUUGCAACGCCAACACCACGACAUGAUGGCAUACUUCCGUGGCGUCAACUACGUUCCGCCACCUUUCGACAGCACCAUUCUCGGCCAAAACAUUGAAGGCGAGGAUGAGGACGACGACUCCUACGCUCCGUCCUCCUCCCCCGACGAGGCCAACUUUGAAGAUGCGGUCGACGGAGGUUUUAAAAAAGUGGCCAGUGAAGCCAUCAGGCCCUGGAGAGCUGUAUGGGCAGAGGUCCUAGAUUGCAGUUUUAACCUCUUCCAUGGAGGGGAGGCUGCAAAGGGAGAGAUUGUCAUUAGGGUUAAGGACUUCCUCAGCUUGUUUGAGGAUAUCCUCCUGCUUGGUUCUGUUCUUGAAGAUGUUCCCAAAGAAAUCAGGGAGGUUUUCGAAUUUUGCUUGCAGAAGUUUGCAAUGGAAAUCCAGACAGGAAUGAUUGGAGUUACCUUACUGGGAUCAAAAUCAGUGGUCCACUUGGUGAUGCUCAUGGUGGCUCCUUGGAUAUUCCAAUCUUUGCACAGGAAUAAUCUUUGGAAAAGGGAGAAACUGGUUCAAAGCUUUCCAAGUGAAAAGUUUAACCUUAGGAAUCUGAAAUUUGUUCCAAUUAAGGGUGAAAAUCUGGUCACUGAUAUUUCUUUCUCUUACUGCCCAGUUUCUGAAGUUUCCCUUGAGAAACAGAAUCAGGUCAUCUGCAAAGGCAAAAUGGGAAACAACUAUACUCCUGCUAGCCUUAUAAGGAGCAAUGUAACAAGUUGGCAUGGGUGGCACGUCACCUUUGACCCCUUAAGCAACAGAUCCGAAAAGGAAGUGAUGUUGUGUAUGGAGAAAACCAGAGUUGGAAUGCAAGACUUGAGGACACAAGUAGGCCAGCUUGCUACAUCACUAAGCAGACUUGAGUCCCAACUCUCUAAUAAACUUCCUUCACAGUCUAGGACCCCAAACAAAAGUGCUAAUGCAGUCACUCUUCGUAGUGGCAAGGCUUUAGGCGAAUCUAGAACCAAGGAAGGAGAACCGAAGGUUAAUGAAGAGCGUGAAACUGAGGUCAAAGAUGAUCAGAUUAUUAAUACAGAAACACCUCAACUACAAAAGGACGCAAGUCCUACGGAUGAAAAGGUCAAUUCUCCCCUAAAUUCUAGUUUAUCGCCUAACGUGUCUUUGCCUCCUUUUCCCUCCAAGUUAGCUAAACAACGGAAAGAGGACAAUGAGAAGGACAUUUGGGAAACUUUUCGUAAAGCAGAGGUAAACAUACCACUCAUUGAUGCAAUUAAACAGGUCCCUCGAUAUGCCAAGUUUUUGAAGGAACUUUGCACAAACAGGAGGAGAUUGAAAGGGACUGAGAGUGUAAGUUUGAGCAAAAAUGUUUCUGCUAUACUUCAAAGGAAGCUCCCUGUUAAGUGCAAGGAUAAAGUACGCUUUGACAUUUUUGAGGCCAUGCGCUACCCAAGUGAAGAUUAUGCAGUCUUCUCCAUUGAUGCAAUAGACAUUCUCCUAGAGCAAGUUGUAGAGUUUGAAACCACAGACACUCUUGGUUUGGUUCUAGAGCAUAGUCUUGAUAGUAAAGCAUACAAUUCACUCGAAUUACCACCAAAAGAAGAGAAAAUAAAUAAAUGAGUAAAAAUGUUGUGAUGAGGAAAGAUCAUUUCCCACUACAUCAACGGCGCCAAAAAUUUGAUGAAUGUUGUUUUAACACCAAAUAAUAAAACUAAACUAACCCGUAGAUAUGGUAAGUUCAGGUCGAUCCCACAGAGAGGCAAGAGUUAACUACUAAUUCUUAGAUAUUUUUUUCUUGAAGUUGAUUUAAAGCUAAAUAAUUUUUUUAAAACAGCUAGAGAAUAAAUUCUAAAAGUAAACCAAGCAACUAAUAGAAAUUUAAAAGAAUUUGAUUAAAGAGUUUCCAAUCCU